GUAAAGGAACAGUUCAGUACAUGUCACCGGAGGCAGUAAAGGGCGAGGAUGACGAGAAAAUGGGAUAUGGUUUAAAGACAGAUAUCUGGAGCGUUGGCUGUGUUGUGUUGGAAAUGGCCAAGGGAACUCGUCCAUGGAGUGAGUCUAGAAAUGCACAAAAUCUGAUAUUUAGGAUUGGAAAUGGUGAGGCUCCUCCCGUUGCUGAAAAUGUUCCUGGUGAUGUGAAAGAUUUCCUCAUGAAGACCUUCAUUGUGAUCCCUAAAGAUCGACCAUCUGCCGAGGACCUUCUCAAAGAUAAGUUGCUCGCUGGUAUCACUUCAGACCGCAGUGGAAAAGCUGGCACCUCUUCAGCCGACCGUGGAAAUGCAGGUACAUAUCUUUUCAGCCAACAGUGAAUA